ACCCCCCUCUGCAAGUGCCUCUUUCCUCUCCGCGUCCCGGCCCCGGCGCCCGAGAACGAGCCCUGGGUGGGGGUGGGCGUGGAGGGCCGGGCAGGGGGGCGCGCGGCCCCGCCGAGUGCAGCAGACAGGGCUGGUCCUGAGGAGGCUGUGUCCCCGGAGAAGGGACGGGUGCGGGGUGUACAGGGAGGAGGGUCGGGUCGGGGUGGAUUGACCACCGGGCCCGGAGGGUCCGAGCCAAGGAGCGGAGCCUGCACUCUCCACCACCCGCCCUUCGGGAAAUACCAGAACUGAGCCAAGAGGCAGGUGCACCGGGAAAAUGUGUCUGAGUCCCGCUUGGCAGGAGAGAAACUGAGUCACCAGCUCAGGAGCCGCAGGGUCAGCGGACCUGAAGGGGGCUGGGUCUGCCUGUGGUGCAGAGGGUUGGGUGGGCCUGUGCAGGCUGAGGUGGCCUCUGGCCGGGGAUUGGUCUCUGCUGUGUCUGCACCUCUUGGCUCGGUUCCCCCGUGCUCCAUGACUCCUGCGUCUCCUGGCUGCUUCUCGUUGGUUUGGAGUGAUCCCUAUGGUUGGGGCCGUCUGAGUGCGUAGGGCUUAGGCCAAGGUGAUAGAGGAGGGGUCGCAGACUUUCAGCCUGGCUGUGCGUUUGAGUAGGAGGCUGAGGUUGCGGAGGGUUUGGGGAGACUUUUCCGAGCUGCCCUGGCCCCAGUUACCUUCCAGUACAGCGUGGAGGAGCACUAACAAAAGAGCCGUGGGUUGUAAAUUCCACGCCCAGCUCUGCCACUUUCUAGUUGUAAGACCUUGGGAAGGCUCUUUCUUUCUUUAGUUUGUCUUUUAGAGUGUUAGAACCGUGAUACUUUUGUCCUCCAUGAAGACAGUAACAAUGACAGUCAUUUAUUGUUUGCUUACUUUGUGUCAAGAGCUGACAUAUUCCACUUAAUUCUUCCAACAAUUCUAGCAGGUGGGGAUAAUUAACUCUGUUUCACAGAUACGAAAACUGAGGCUCAGAGAGGACAUGUAAUUUGUUAGGAUCACACAGCUGAUAGGUGGCUGAGCUGAGGUUUCAGCCUAAGUCUGACAUCAGGACCCGUGGCCUUUAAGCAGCAGGCUAACAGCCUUGAGGGCCCACUCCCCAGUGGGAGAAGAGGGAGGGGAAACAUCCUAGGGCCGGAGCUCCCUGUGAUAUUUUGGCCAGCAGAGACUUGCCCUGACCCAACGCACAGUCUCUCCUCGGGUGCUGCCCCCUCUGGGCCCCAGGCUGAAGGGGCACCGAAGAAGUGGGCUGGGCUGUAGCUAUUCCAAGUCUCCUGCACGCAGUCAUUGGGUGCUGGACUCUGGGGUGAGCUUUCAAAACAAUUGCUGUUUCAAUCCGUCAUCCAUCCAUCCCCCUUAAUGGGUAACCUCCCUCCAAAAAGCUGGACCAUAAGGUGCACGAGGCAGCGUCUCUAAGCUCUGUGGUCCCAGCUCUUCUCUGGCCCCAUGAGAGCUGGAGCAGUAAGGCACUCCCUGGGGACAAGGACUGUGCAGUGGGGAAACAGUAGACCUGGAGUUCUGAAACCUUUCUGAGCUUCAGUUUCCUCAUCUGUUAGAGCGGCUAUUAAAACCUCUCACAGGUAAAGGUAAGAUAACCACAUGGAAUCCUCUAGAAUGUCACAUGGGAAGUGUGUAUGUAAUGAGUAUUGGAGGAUCCAUCAUAGAGAAGGAGGUGAUCUGGAAAAGUUUUUUUUUUUUUUUUUUUUUUUUUUUUGGUCGGGGGGUGGGGGGAGGAAGGUGCUCCACAGUCCUCUGUCACUUGUGGAUCUGAAGCCAGGGGAGGUGGCUGGGAAGGCAGCAGGGUGUGGGCAGGCUAGACCUUAGGGCGCCAGUUGAGUGGGGCUUGUGGGGUGCGAGGGUCUGGGAGAGGCAAAGGCGGUUUGGUUGUCUUGCCCGUUGCUCUAUGAGGAGUCUGAACUGGCCUAGGGACUCUCCGCUGGUCCCACCUGAGCAGUGACCUGGUGUAUGUGCCUCUCUCUCCUGCAGCUGCUGCCGCUCAGCCCGUGUCUUCUGGCCGCUUCCCUCUUUGCUGCCCCUCCCCACAGGCGCCCCCUCUCCACCUCCUGGGGACCAUCAUGAAUGGUGCCCCUUCCCCAGAGGAUGGGGCCUCCCCCUCCCCUCCCCCGCUGCCACCACCUCCUCCCCCUAGUUGGCGGGAGUUCUGCGAGUCCCAUGCCCGGGCCGCCGCCCUGGAUUUUGCCCGCCGUUUCCGCCUCUACCUGGCCUCCCACCCGCAAUACGCGGGGCCCGGGGCUGAGGCCGCCUUCUCCCGCCGUUUUGCCGAGCUCUUCCUGCAGCACUUCGAAGCCGAGGUGGCCCGGGCCUCUGGCUCCCUCUCGCCACCCAUCCUGGCUCCCCUGAGUCCUGGUGUGGAAAUCUCGCCACAUGACCUGUCCCUUGAGAGCUGCAGGGUGGGCGGGCCCCUGGCUGUGCUGGGCCCUUCUCGAUCGUCUGAGGACCUGGCCGGCCCCCUCCCUUCCUCAGUCUCUUCCUCUUCUACGACCUCCUCGAAGCCGAAGCUAAAGAAACGCUUCUCCCUCCGAUCAGUGGGUCGCUCCGUCCGCGGUUCGGUCCGUGGCAUCCUGCAGUGGCGGGGGACCGUCGACCCCCCCUCCCCAGCGGGGCCCCUGGAAACCUCAUCAGGCCCCCAAGUCUUAGGUGGAAACAGCAACUCCAACUCCUCUGGCGGGGCUGGGACCAUUGGUAGGGGACUGGCAAGUGAUGGAACAUCCCCUGGGGAAAGAUGGACUCACCGUUUUGAGAGGCUGAGACUGAGUCGGGGAGGGGGGACCCUGAAGGACGCAGUGGGGACGGUGCAGAGGGAAGAGCUGCUGAGUUUCAUGGGGGCCGAAGAGGCAGCCCCUGAGCCAGCGGGCGUGGGCCGGGGAGGUGGGGCAGCUGGACCUACCUCAGGGGGAGGAGGGCAACCUCAGUGGCAGAAGUGUCGCUUACUGCUUCGAAGUGAAGGAGAAGGAGGAGGAGGAAGUCGUCUGGAGUUCUUUGUACCACCCAAGGCAUCUCGGCCCCGACUCAGCAUUCCCUGCUCCACGAUCACUGAUGUCCGGACGACCACAGCCCUGGAGAUGCCUGACCGGGAGAACACGUUUGUGGUUAAGGUUGAAGGCCCCUCGGAGUAUAUCCUAGAGACAGCUGAUGCUCAACAUGUGAAGGCCUGGGUGUCUGACAUCCAAGAGUGCCUGAGCCCAGGACCCUGCCCUGCUAUCAGUCCCCGCCCCAUGACUCUCCCUCUGGCCCCUGCGACCUCAUUCCUUACAAGGGAGAACACAGACAGCCUGGAGCUAUCUUGCCUGAAUCACUCAGAAAGUCUGCCCAGCCAGGAUCUGCUGCUGGGACCCAGCGAGAGCAACGAUCGCCUGUCACAGGGGGCGUACGGGGGCCUCUCAGACCGCCCCUCGGCAUCCAUCUCCCCCAGUUCCGCCUCCAUUGCUGCCUCCCAUUUUGACUCAAUGGAACUGCUUCCCCCAGAGUUGCCCCCCCGCAUCCCCAUUGAGGAAGGACCCCCAGCAGGGACAGCUCAUCCCCUCUCAGCCCCCUACCCUCCCCUGGACACUCCGGACACAGCCACAGGGUCAUUCCUGUUCCAGGGGGAGUCAGAGGGAGGUGAUGGGGACCAGCCCCUCUCUGGAUAUCCUUGGUUCCAUGGGAUGCUCUCUCGACUCAAGGCUGCCCAGUUAGUGCUGACAGGAGGCACUGGCUCCCAUGGUGUCUUCCUGGUGCGGCAGAGCGAGACGAGGCGGGGUGAAUAUGUCCUCACUUUCAACUUCCAGGGCAAGGCCAAGCACCUGCGUUUGUCCCUGAAUGAGGAGGGUCAGUGCCGGGUCCAGCACCUGUGGUUCCAGUCCAUUUUCGAUAUGCUCGAGCAUUUCCGGGUGCACCCCAUCCCUCUGGAGUCUGGAGGCUCCAGUGAUGUUGUCCUUGUCAGCUAUGUCCCGUCCUCCCAGCGACAGCAGGGUGAGCAGAGCAGGUCUGCAGGGGAGGAGGUGCCCGCGCACCCAAGAAGUGAGAAUCGAACACCUCCCGUGACCCACCCCAGCCCCCUGAACCCCCUUCAUGGACAGAUGCCCCACAAGCUGGGGCAGAAGAGGCGUCGGGGGCGCCAGAAGUGGCGGCAGCAACAGCCGCAGCAGCCAAAGAGAGGCAAGAGAAAGAGAAAGCGGGCGGUGGAGGGGUCCAGGAAGAGCUGGUCCCCGUGGCUGAGCUGGUCCCCGUGGUGGAAUUGGAAGAGGCCGUAGCACCUUGCACGGAGGCCCAGGGAGGCGCUGGCUCUGGUGGGACCUCGGGGGUGACCCUGAUGGUGCAGCUCCAGCAGUUACCACGAGGGGGCGAUGGAGAAGAAGGGGGCCACCCCAGAGCCAUUAAUAACCAGUACUCCUUUGUGUGAGACGCCCUACCCACCCUUCCUCCACUCUUUGUUCCCCAGCCCUCAGUUCAUGAGACCGGGCUGGGUAGGGACAUAGAGGUAGAAACCCCUCCCACGUGCUUCCUGACCUCACUGGCCAAGGGCAUACGUGUUGGUACAAGCAGAGGUUCAAGAGCCCUGUUGACCCCCCAGUUCAUACACUACAGGCACCCCUUCCCCUGGGCAGAGGAUUUGGGCUCUGUUACCUCCCUGAGGGGCUCUUGUGGUCAGCCCCGCCCCUGGGGGCCAUUUCCCCAUGAACCACCCCUCAGCCCGAGGAAGGGUGAGGGGGGAAGGGCUGUCAGUUAUAUUAAGAUUGUUGUUGUUGUUGUUUUAAACAAAAUGGAGAAGCAUAAAUAAAUAAAAGGGUUUAUCUCAGUUCCAUCA